AUGCAAGAAAGAAGAGAAGAAUGCAAGAAAGAAGAGAAGAAUGCAAGAAAGAAGAGAAGAAUGCAAGAAAGAAGAGAAGAAUGCAAGAAAGAAGAGAAGAAGAGAAGAAUGCAAGAAAGAAGAGAAGAAGAGAAGAAUGCAAGAAAGAAGAGAAGAAGAGAAGAAUGCAAGAAAGAAGAGAAGAAGAGAAGAAUGCAAGAAAAAAGAGAAGAAUGCAAGAAAGAAGAGAAGAAUGCAAGAAAGAAGAGAAGAAUGCAAGAAAGAAGAGAAGAAUGCAAGAAAGAAGAGAAGAAUGCAAGAAAGAAGAGAAGAAUGCAAGAAAGAAGAGAAGAAUGCAAGAAAGAAGAGAAGGGCAUAACAGAGCAAGGUACCUUUGUCUCCUGUCCUAAAAAUUAUUACAAACGUCUUUCCAUGAACUUUGAGGCGUGGUAA